GAAGAACCCUCAUGGUCAAACAGGAACUUCUGCUAUGAGUUAGCAAGACAUUGAUGUUGACAGGAUAUUAUUUGGAACGUCGCUGAAAAUGUCCACUCCCGAUCCUCCGAUGGGAGGAACGCCUCGCCCGGGGCCUUCUCCCGGGCCCGGGCCCUCCCCUGGUGCUAUGCUGGGCCCCAGUCCCGGACCAUCCCCUGGUUCUGCACAUAGCAUGAUGGGCCCCAGCCCUGGGCCACCAUCAGCGGGGCACCCAAUACCACCACAGGGGCCUGGAGGUUAUUCUCAGGACAACAUGCAUCAGAUGCAUAAGCCGAUGGAGUCCAUGCAUGAGAAAGGCCUGUCCGAGGACCCUCGCUACAGCCAGAUGAAGGGCAUGGGCAUGAGGGCAGGCGGGCACGCCGGGAUGGGUCCUCCCCCCAGCCCCAUGGACCAGCAUUCCCAAGGCUACCCUUCCCCACUUGGUGGCUCUGAGCAUGCGUCAAGUCCCGUCCCGGCUAACGGUCCUUCUUCCGGCCCCCAGAUGCCCUCUGGUCCUGGAGGAGUUCCGUUAGAUGGGUCUGACCCACAAGCUCUAGGGCAGCAGAAUCGAGGCCCGACUCCGUUUAACCAGAACCAGUUGCAUCAGUUGAGGGCUCAGAUCAUGGCCUACAAAAUGCUCGCCAGGGGACAGCCUUUACCUGACCAUCUUCAGAUGGCCGUGCAGGGAAAAAGGCCGAUGCCCGGGAUGCAGCAGCAAAUGCCAACACUACCUCCGCCUUCUGUGUCUGGGACAGGACCAGUGCAAGGACCAGGCCCUGCCCCGGGCCCAACACCUCCGAACUACAACAGACCUCAUGGUAUGGGAGGGCCUAACAUGCCCCCUCCUGGACCCUCAGGAGUUCCCCCAGGAAGACCAAUGGCAAAUGCUGCAGCUCCCACUAGCACACCUCAGAAACUGAUUCCUCCUCAGCCGACAGGCCGUCCUUCACCAGCACCUCCGGCGGUACCCCCCGCAGCGUCCCCCGUCAUGCCUCCCCAGACCCAGUCCCCGGGGCAACCCGCCCAGCCCGCCCCGAUGGUGCAGCUCCACCAGAAGCAAAACCGUAUCACUCCAAUCCAGAAACCGAGAGGACUGGACCCGGUCGAAAUCCUCCAGGAGAGAGAAUACAGACUGCAGGCUCGCAUCGCACACAGAAUCCAAGAACUUGAAAACCUUCCUGGGUCCCUGGCUGGUGAUCUGCGGACCAAAGCGACCAUCGAACUGAAAGCGCUACGACUGCUGAACUUCCAGAGGCAGCUGCGUCAAGAGGUGGUGGUGUGCAUGCGAAGGGACACGGCUCUGGAGACGGCACUGAACGCCAAGGCUUACAAACGCAGCAAGCGGCAGUCUCUGCGGGAGGCUCGCAUCACCGAGAAGCUGGAGAAACAGCAGAAGAUCGAACAAGAACGGAAACGCCGGCAGAAGCACCAAGAGUACCUCAAUAGCAUUCUCCAGCAUGCCAAGGAUUUCAAAGAAUACCACCGGUCUGUUACGGGCAAGAUCCAGAAACUUACCAAGGCGGUGGCCACGUAUCACGCCAACACGGAGCGUGAGCAGAAGAAGGAGAAUGAAAGAAUCGAGAAGGAGCGGAUGCGCAGGUUGAUGGCCGAGGAUGAAGAAGGGUAUCGGAAGCUGAUCGACCAAAAGAAAGACAAGCGCUUGGCCUACUUGCUUCAGCAGACCGACGAAUACGUUGCCAACCUCACAGAGCUGGUGAGGCAGCACAAGGCGGCUCAGGUUGCCAAGGAGAAGAAGAAGAAGAAGAAAAAGAAGAAGGCUGAGGCUGCGGAAGGGCAGACACCGGCGAUUGGACCAGACGGUGAACCUUUGGACGAAACCAGCCAGAUGAGCGACCUCCCCGUGAAGGUGAUCCAUGUCGAGAGCGGGAACAUCCUCACGGGCACCGACGCGCCAAAGGCAGGGCAACUGGACGCCUGGCUAGAGAUGAAUCCGGGGCCCAAAACGAGAAAUGAAAUCAUGCCAUUAACUCGGGAGCAUCGCUUACCUUUGGAGGGAGCUAUUCGCGAGGAGGAAGAGGAACAGCCGCAACCUGCUCAGCCUUCUUUGGCUGUGGAAGAGAAGAAAAAGAUUCCCGAUCCAGACAGCGAUGACGUGUCCGAAGUGGAUGCGCGGCACAUCAUAGAGUGGGUUUUCGUUUUGUUCUUGCCAAGAAUGCUAAAGGAUGUUGAUGAUGAGUAUGGAGUGUCCCAAGCCCUUGCAAGGGGGCUGCAGUCUUAUUAUGCGGUGGCCCACGCAGUCACUGAAAGGGUGGACAAGCAGUCCUCACUCAUGGUGAACGGUGUCCUCAAACAGUACCAGAUCAAAGGCUUGGAGUGGCUGGUAUCCUUGUACAAUAAUAACCUAAACGGAAUCCUGGCGGACGAAAUGGGUCUGGGCAAGACGAUCCAGACCAUCGCUUUAAUUACAUACCUCAUGGAGCACAAACGUAUUAACGGACCCUUCCUCAUUAUAGUACCUCUGUCAACUCUAUCAAAUUGGGCAUAUGAAUUUGAUAAAUGGGCUCCUUCUGUGGUGAAGGUCUCAUACAAGGGCUCUCCAGCUGCAAGGCGGGCAUUCGUACCUCAGCUUCGAAGUGGAAAAUUCAACGUCUUGCUCACUACGUAUGAAUAUAUCAUCAAAGAUAAGCACAUUCUUGCCAAGAUUCGUUGGAAGUACAUGAUUGUCGACGAAGGUCACAGAAUGAAGAAUCACCACUGCAAGCUCACCCAGGUCCUGAACACGCACUACGUAGCCCCGCGUCGCUUGCUGCUGACGGGGACCCCACUACAGAACAAGCUGCCGGAGCUGUGGGCUCUGCUCAACUUCCUCCUUCCGACCAUCUUCAAGAGCUGUAGCACAUUUGAACAGUGGUUUAACGCUCCGUUUGCCAUGACUGGAGAAAAGGUGGAUUUGAAUGAAGAAGAGACGAUCCUGAUCAUCCGUCGCUUGCACAAAGUGCUGCGUCCCUUCUUGCUAAGAAGGUUAAAGAAGGAAGUGGAAGCACAGCUGCCUGAAAAGGUGGAGUAUGUGAUUAAAUGUGACAUGUCUGCGUUGCAGAGGGUACUCUAUAGGCACAUGCAGGCCAAGGGAGUUCUGCUUACGGAUGGAUCGGAGAAAGAUAAAAAGGGUAAAGGCGGUACGAAAACACUUAUGAACACUAUCAUGCAGCUGAGGAAGAUCUGCAACCAUCCUUACAUGUUUCAGCACAUAGAGGAAUCCUUUUCCGAGCACUUGGGCUUCACAGGAGGGAUCGUACAAGGGCUUGACCUGUAUCGUGCUUCUGGCAAGUUUGAGCUCCUGGACCGGAUCUUGCCCAAGCUGCGAGCCACCAACCACAAGGUGCUGCUGUUCUGUCAGAUGACCUCCCUCAUGACCAUCAUGGAAGACUAUUUUGCUUACCGUGGCUUCAAAUACCUCAGGCUCGAUGGGACCACUAAAGCCGAAGACCGUGGCAUGCUGCUGAAAACCUUCAACGAGCCGGGCUCUGAAUAUUUCAUUUUCUUGCUGAGCACCCGUGCCGGAGGGCUGGGGCUGAAUCUGCAGUCUGCGGACACAGUGAUCAUUUUUGACAGUGACUGGAACCCUCAUCAGGACCUGCAAGCCCAGGACCGAGCGCAUCGCAUCGGGCAGCAGAACGAAGUGCGCGUGUUGCGCCUCUGCACCGUCAACAGCGUGGAAGAGAAGAUCCUGGCCGCGGCCAAGUACAAGCUGAACGUCGACCAGAAGGUUAUCCAGGCUGGCAUGUUUGACCAGAAGUCCUCCAGUCACGAGCGAAGAGCUUUCCUCCAGGCCAUCUUGGAGCAUGAGGAGCAGGACGAGACCAGACACAGCACGGGCAGCGGCAGUGGCAGCGCAAGCUUUUCCCAUACUGCCUCAACCCUGUGCCUCAACUCCGACUCGGAGGAGCCACCUUUAAAGGAAGAAGAUGAAGUCCCCGACGACGAGACUGUGAACCAGAUGAUCGCCCGGCACGAGGAGGAAUUCGAUCUCUUUAUGCGCAUGGAUCUGGACCGCAGGCGAGAAGAAGCCCGCAAUCCGAAGCGGAAGCCCCGCCUGAUGGAGGAGGACGAGUUGCCCUCUUGGAUCAUCAAAGACGACGCCGAAGUGGAGAGGCUCACGUGCGAGGAGGAGGAGGAGAAAAUGUUUGGGCGAGGCUCCAGACACCGAAAGGAAGUGGACUAUAGCGACUCGCUGACCGAGAAGCAGUGGCUCAAGGUAUACAUGGCCAUCGAGGAGGGCACCCUGGAGGAGAUCGAGGAGGAGGUGCGCCAGAAGAAGUCCUCCCGCAAGCGCAAGCGGGACGUGGACGUCGGCACGUCCACCCCCACCACCAGCACCCGCAGCCGGGACAAAGACGACGACAGCAAGAAGCAGAAGAAGCGGGGCAGGCCGCCCGCCGAGAAGCUCUCGCCAAACCCCCCCAACCUCACCAAGAAAAUGAAGAAGAUCGUGGACGCGGUGAUUAAAUAUAAGGACAGCAGCAGUGGACGGCAGCUGAGCGAAGUCUUCAUCCAACUUCCUUCUCGUAAGGAGCUUCCAGAGUACUAUGAACUCAUUCGCAAGCCGGUGGAUUUUAAGAAAAUAAAGGUACGGAUCCGGAACCACAAGUACCGCAGCCUGAACGACCUCGAGAAGGACGUCAUGCUCCUGUGUCAGAACGCACAAACGUUCAACCUCGAGGGCUCCUUGAUUUACGAGGACUCCAUCGUGUUGCAAUCCGUCUUCACCAGCGUGAGGCAGAAGAUUGAGAAAGAGGAAGACAGCGAAGGGGAGGAGAGCGAAGAGGAGGAGGAAGGGGAAGAAGAAGGAUCGGAAUCGGAGUCUCGUUCCGUGAAGGUGAAGAUUAAACUGGGCCGGAAGGAGAAAGCACAGGACCGGAUGAAAGGCCGGAGGCGCACCAGCCGCGGUUCCCGGGCCAAGCCUGUCGUCAGCGACGACGACAGCGAAGAGGAGCAAGAGGAGGAUCGCUCAGGAAGCGGCACAGAAGACGACUAAGCGACAUUCCCGGCGUGCAGGACCCCCACCCCGGCGUCUCGGUC